AUGAUCGGUCGAGGGACUAAACGUGCGCGAGUUGAUGACAGUGGAGCCGAAGAGGUGGAAAAACAUGACGUGGGGUUUGUUACACCCUUGCAAAUGUUCGCCACCUUUCCUCAUAACAUAACAUUUGAGGAAACGCGUGAAUUAAAACUUCUUGCCAAUCCGGCAGCAAGUCCCGAUUCAAACAUGUAUACUUUUAUUCACAACCGGCAAGAAUAUGGUGUCAUGCAGUUAGAGGAUGCCACCAUAUCAGCAGAUUUGCAAGUUACAACCGCAGGCAAUGGAAAUCCUGGCGCCGCCCUUAGAGUGGCACCCAUGGCACGACCUUUAGCAUUUGGUUGGAAAACGAAAGAAAUAUAUGUAAACAACGAUCUGGUGAAUACCACCACUACACAUGAAUCAGAAAUUAGCUAUGUCAAUGCAUUUUUGACAGAAACACCCGACGGGCGGUAUGAUAAACGCGAUUUGUGUUUGGGGUGGUACGAUACUGCGGGUCACUUUGACGACACCGUGGGAUUCCAAAAUGGUACUGCGGUAGUCAACGCUGGGGGUCGUAGAAGAGCGAGGGCAAUAAAUCAAGGGGCAAGAUUUAAAUGUUAUGACAAAUUGGAUUUGUUGGGUCAUAAUAAACGAUUUUGUCCCACUUCUUUUGACGUUAAAGUGGAAUUAACGAGAUUGCCCGACAACAAAUUUUCAAUGGUGUCGAUGCAAAUGUUACAGCAAGCAAGAUGA